AUGAAAACAGUUCUGAUGAUGACGGUCCUUCUGGCCGUCGAAUUUUCUUCGGCAGCUCCCUUCGACCCAAACAAUCCAAACUACGCCGAUACCGUGAACCUCACCUACAAUGGAAAUCAGCUUCUCAACAUGGACGCUAUCGACAACUGUUAGUUCGAAAGAAAUCAAGUCUAAACAAAAGGAUUCAGUAAACGGCAUGGAUCCACAGAUGGCUUCCAAUUUGAAAGAGGCCAUUCAUCGCGAACUUCCUGAAUAUUUGGCGUCCAAAUCAAAUGAUUCAGUGUGUUCCGCUUCAUUUUUCCUAAAAAAAAAAUCUUUCUAUCUAACAUUACUGUGGUUUUCCAAGCAAAAUUCACUCUUAAUUAUUUGUUUUUUUUUUGUCAGUUUUCGAAAAUUCAACAAUAACGUGGCAAGAUUUUGUUAAAACGCACUUUCUUUGAUGAUUAGAGUGGGAAAUAAUAAUGAAACAUUAUAAUUAACUGUUCGGUUGAAUGAAAAAUAGAACUAGAACUUUAAUCUUUGCCAUCCCUUAUCUUUUUUUGUUUUUCGAAAAGUAAGAAUAAAAAAACUUUAAGAGCAUUGAAGCGUCAAAUCCGUCUGCAGCGAAGAUACUUCACGACUCACAAUCGAAUAAGGUUAUAUUUUUUUCAAUGAGUCAUUAGGAAGCCCAUGUCCUUUUUUUCUGAAAUAUUGUCUAAAACAAAGUUCAAAAAAAUAAAAAGAAGGAAACAAUCCGUUUGCAGCAACUUUAUAAUAAAUUUCAGUCGUCCGAAGAGCUGAUCGAAACGACAACCAAACUUCAUUUAUUCAACCUCGGGUUGGUGUUCUAG